UUAGUGAUGACAUUAAAACUUCGACUUACAGAAUGUCUUUAUUCAGAAGACUGGGUUGGCUUUCUGUCAACAGGUACAAAAUCGUAAAAAUAUGGAAAGAGCUGUCAUUGUUUUGGUUAGUGCUGGUCGCUUGCUCGGUAUAUUUGAAUGGCCACAAGCGAACUCUCAGUGCGAAGUAUAACAGAAAAUCAGGAAAGUACAAGUACACAAUUAAGAAAGCGUGUUUCGAUGCAAAGAAACUCCAGUGGGAAGUGAUGGAACAUCAACGUAAGCAUCGUAUUUUGGUGAAUACGACUUACUCUAAAAGAGCGAAGGGCUUUCAAGGGCCAGUCUACGUCAACACGACGAAUGAUGAAAAGGAAUGCCCGAAAUUGUAUGAAAUAGCCAAAGAAAUGUUAAACGGUUUAAAAGUGCGACUGCCUUUCGAAACGAAUAAUACACUUUGGAAAUUUCGCGAACGAAUCGAUCUAAACAAAUUACGAGAGACGAAGCUUCGUUGGAAUCACCCAUGGGAGCAAGGGAAUUCGAAACAAACGAUGGAACUCCUUCGCCGUUAUGACGUUUCUGCGAGAACCAUCAAGGGGAGAAAAAUUCUCAUAUCUUACGGCCAUAAUUGCUGCAAUGGCUCAAAAUCUAGAGCUGUUGAGACCGCUAUAAACUAUGGGAAAAUGGACUAUGCCGAGGCAUUAGAUCUUACCGCUGUCUCAAAGGGUUUCCAAUUGUCGCACCAAAACAUAUUACGUAUGCGCAGAGGCGCCGGUUACUGGCUGUGGAAACCAUAUAUCAUAUUACAAGCUUUGAUAUACAAGCUAAACGAUGGAGAUUCUUUAGUAUAUCAUGAUUCUGGUGCGUAUUUUAACAAGGACAUUGGGCCGUUAUUGAAACUUUGCCAGGAUCGACGACCAAAUAUUUUGGCUUUUGCAAUGAACCGCUUCAAAGAACGAACUUAUUCUAAAAGGGAUGCUUUUAUUACAAUGGGAAUGGAUGAUCCUAUAGUAAAUGCCAAAGACGAAGAACAACGAAUGGCCGUUGUAAUCGUCACAAGCAAAAACUGUGAAAGUAUUCAAUAUUUUAUGGAGUUUCUUGCAUACGCGUCAGACUCUCGUAUAAAUACUGACAGGAAAAACGUGCUAGGCAAACCAAACUAUAAACCUUUUGUGGAAAACAGGCAUGAUCAAACAACACAUUCGUUACUUUCAAAGAAGUGGGGCAUUUUGGCUCUCAGAGACCCCUGUGAAUGUCCCAGAAAUCAAUUCCAACGUCGAGGUAGUUAUGCUUCAGGACCGUACAAAUCUUUGUACGUUCACGAUCGUAAUCGAAACUAGGUCUAACAUAUUUUCUAUAUUUGUGAGUCCUAAAUGUAUAUGUGAUGUUGCUACUCUGAGUCACCAACCGGGCAA